AUGGCGGGGUUGCUCGCUAAAACAACUGGAUUGAGGUCAUGGUGGGGUGAGGGUGCCGUCAUAGCAGCCUCCAUGCGAGCCUCGCGCCCAGCGGCGAGACAAGCAGGCACGGCACCAACGGCAGGCGCGACACAGCAACCCGCUCAAGGCGGCAGGAGCACAGGGGGCGCCUUCCAUGCAUCGUAUCUGGCAGGAAAAAAAAAGGCGAUUUCGCCCCAGAGAAGCCGUCAGACAGCUGUUUCUAGUGGGUCGCAGAGCUUGCGGGAAGAUUCUGGUUGGAGGCUUGGCACGUCGAACCCGCUGGAAUUCUGUAGAAACAAGAUGUUCCAAAGCAAUACAAAAACUGCUCCGCCGCCGCCUUGGGCUGUCUCUCCAAUUCACUACUCAAAUCACAUUUGA